AUGAGCGCAAAGCCUACUACUGCUGGCUCCCCCGAUGCUUGGGAAGAUGACUGGGAAACACAGGCAGAUAAAUUAGCCGAUGAUCCAACCCCUCCUCCAGAGAAGAAAGUAUCCUCGAAAGUUACGAAGGCGCAGCGCAGGGCGCAACAGGCCGAGUUCAACCGGCAGCUAUGGGCCGAAGCUGAAGCUCCACAAACUUUCCACUUCCUAGAGGCUCGUUCCGAUGUCCCUUUGAAGCAGGAUUUCAAACCAGCGGUGACUGUACUCAGCCGCACGCCUCAAUUGAUGACGCGCCAGUCAUCGUCCAGUGGAGUUUCUUCAGCGACUGCGGGAAUCAGUCGGCUCGGUUUGGCGACUAAUGAUAGCCUGGAGGAUUCAGAUGACGACCAGAAACGGUCAGAACUGACUCCAGAAGAACGCCAUGCCAUUGCUCUGAAGAACCUGGAAGAAAAACAACGGAAAUACGAGGAAGUGCGAGAGAGACUGUUUGGAAGUCCGUCUGCAACCACCUCGGGUGCAUCGUCACCGCGAAGCGCGACUCCUCCCAGACAGUUUGAGGGCAGAGGGAAGGGAAAGAGCCGCGGCAAUGGCAGAGACAACAACAGAGACAAGAGAGACUCUUCUGCAUCCUCGACGAAGUCAAAACAGCUCUUUGACCCCGGAUAUUCCUCCAAACCCAAUUCAACCUACGUGCAGAAGAAGGAGAGACAGCAAGCUGGCGAGCGGGUAUUGAAUGACCAGCCACAAUCUCCGCGGCAACCCAUUCGCAGCCCUAGAGGUCCAGAUGCCGGUGGACGAGGUGGUUUCAGAGCGGGCUACAGAGGCGCAAGGGCCACUUGA